GCUAGUCAGUCGCGAGCCGACAACCGCGCGCGUGGUAUUCGCACAACUUUUAAAUAUCGAUAUUAUUAAAGGGAAAAGUGGUGGAAUUGUUGUGAAACAAUAGCAACAACUGUAAGGGUAACAAUUUUGCAUAUUGCGUAACGCUCGCGCCAAAAUCAAUUAUCUUUCUUUUUUUUUUUCUUCGAUUAUCGAAUGAAUCGAGUAAGAGAAAAAAGAAAAUAGGAACAUCAAAUUUGUCAUCGUUAUUGCUAUUUCUUUCUUGAACAAGAAUUAUAAUAGUCAUAAGAAUAUCAAAUUUGUUAACGUUAUACUUAAAUUCACAACUUCGUUAGCAAGGGUGAGGAAAAGAAAAAAUUCCGACAAAAUCAACAAACAAAUAAAUAAUAAAAAAAGAGCUAACAAACUAAUGAUUUAAAUAUGUUUAAAAGAACAAUAGAUAAAGUUUAUGAUGGAUCGAUAAGAAAAGGGGGUGGUGAUAAUAUUUCUUAUUGGUAAAAGAACGUGAAGAAAGAAAAUUAAUUUUUCCAACUCGAAAAUUUUUUUUACGAACUGUUCAUUUAAAAUUUCGAUAACCACAGAAAUCUGAAUUACCGACAUCAGUGUCGAAUAGAGAGAGUGGAUCAGUGAUUAAUUAUAUUAUUCUUAUAAAAAUUUUGUCGAAAAAGUAAGAGUUUCAUGAUUCAAAAUUGAAAAAGUGUUGGUGUUCUUGUUGAUAAUUAUAAGUGAAUAUAAUUGUUGUUAUACAUCAUUAUUAUUAAUGAUUGUUUUUCAUCGCUAAUUUUUGUUGGUCUGAUAUCACGUGCAGUGGUUUUUCGUUUCAUACGAAGAGUAUAGUAUUUCGCUUUGAAUGCUCGUUUGUGUUCUGAAGUGUAGUUGUGCGUUGUUGCGUUUACAAAAGGGAUUGUAAACUUUGCCUGGAAUCAAAAGAAAAUUUAUAAAAAUAGAAGAAAGAUAGUUACGGAUGCCUGCAGAGAACCUCGAUGAGCAUUAUUUGAAAAUCGGAAUUUCAACGUUCUGGAAUAACGUCGUACAGCGGUGGAGAUCAUUCGGGCGAACUCUUGAGAGUCGAGAUUAAUAACGAACGCUAACAAACAAAACUGAUCGAGAAAGUUCUGGCAGCCAUCGGUGCGGUGUAAAAAACGGAGGGCUCCGAAUCGCGGUGAAAAAAGAUGGCGUCAACGAAGAUAUAUUCUUGCGACAGUUAAUAACCCCUUCGUACAAAUAUCAUCCCCCUUUUACCUCCCCUCACCCUCCACCCACCGGCCCCCUUUUCUCCCAACAGCUCAUUCAUGAUGAACGUCAUCCUCGCAUCCGUUCUGGAAAUUUUUUUGAUCACCUUGGCCUCCGUCGUCGUUGGAUACACCGACGCCUGGCCACAGGAACCGGUGCCGCGAAUCCACAUCAAACACCGCGACGUCGUGGGUCAAAGAUUCCUGGGCAAUGAGAGUCACGUCGAGCAUUUCAAAUUACUCGAACGGACAAGGACAUCCGUCCUCAUAGGAGCGAGAAAUGCAAUUUACAAUAUCAGCCUACACGAUCUGACGGAAAUAGUGGAUCAGAGGGUCCACUGGCCGAGUAGCGGUUUCAACCGAGAACUGUGUAACCUGAAGGGUCGGAACGAGGACAAGUGUCAAAAUUACGUUCGAGUAUUCGGCCGGCACAGUCCGAACAAAUUUGUGGCAUGCGGUACAAACGCCUACAAGCCCUCGUGCAAGCAGUUCCACUUCGAGAACGGAGUGCACACCAGCGAAAACGAGACGGAAGGCCUGGGCCUUUGCCCCUACGAUCCGGAGCACAACAGCACCGCCGUUUACGCCGGGGGUCAACUGUACGCCGCAACUGUCGCUGAUUUUUCCGGCGUCGAACCGCUCAUAUACAGAGCCCCGAUUCGGACCGAACGUUCGGACCUCAAUCAGCUGAACGGACCGAAUUUCGUAAGCUCGUUAGCCUACGACGACUACGUGUUCUUCUUCUACAGAGAAACGGCCGUCGAGUUCAUGAACUGCGGAAAGGCGGUGUAUCCCCGGGUAGGGAGAGUCUGCCAACACGAUAAAGGCGGUCCCCACGCUUUCAGCGACAGAUGGACGAGCUUCCUCAAAGCCAGACUGAACUGCUCCGUACCAGGCGACUACCCUUUCUACUUCAAUGAGAUACAAUCGACGAGCGAAGUUACGGAAGGUUUUUACGGCGGUGAACAGACCCAGUUGAUAUACGGGGUGUUCACAACCCCCGUGAAUUCGAUAGGUGGAUCGGCCGUGUGCGCGUUCACGAUGCGGAGCAUACUCGACAUAUUUCAGGGAGUUUUCAAGGAACAGGAAACGAUAAAUAGCAACUGGCUGCGCGUAUUGCCGGAGAAAGUACCGGAACCGAGACCCGGAGCUUGCGUCAACGACUCGAGAACUCUUCCCGACGUUACCGUUAAUUUCGUCAAGGCUCAUCCGCUCAUGGACGAGGCCGUGCAACCUUUCUACUUGUUUCCAGUCAUCAACAAAGUUAGCUUCAACUACCGAUUCACGAAAAUCGCUGUGGAUCCCCAAGUGAAGGCUUUGGACGGGAAGGUCUACGACAUUCUUUACAUUGGGACAGACGACGGACGAGUCCUGAAAGCGUUGAACAGCCUGGCUUCGGAAUCUCGAGAGAACGUGUCCCAAGUUAUCGUGAGUGACGUUCAAGUCCUCAAAUACGGUCAAGCGGUGAAGGACUUGCAAGUCGUUCAUUUGGCGGGUGAGGCGAGCAAAUUGUUGGUAAUUGCGGAUUCGGAAAUGCGAGCGAUACCCUUGCAUCAUUGCGACGCGUCCGCGGCAAAUUCUUGCACAUCCUGCGUCGGUCUUCAAGAUCCCCACUGCGCCUGGGACGCGACGACAAAUCUCUGCGUAGCCGUACCGACGAAACUCCACGAUAACAACGCUGGGAAAACGUUGUUCCAGGAUAUUAUUACCGGGAAACACAAAGGCUGCGGAUACGAACAAGAUCCACAAGUAUUAGAAGAAGAGAAGAUAAAAAAUGAACUAAAAGAAAAACAGUUGGCGAAACCGGCGCAACCGGUGGUUCCGCCCAGAGCCGGUUGUUGCGAGCAGACCGACGAACGGGACAACGAAAUAGUCAUCGAGUUGGAUCGGGAAAAUCAGUACAGUCGUACUCAACCGAGAGCCAAUGAACCACAAGGUGUCACGGUAACGCCGGUUGUCUACUCGGCGCAGACAUUGACCGGUGCUCUUUUGGGCACUUGUCUGUUCUCCUUGAUCGCCGGUUUUGCGUCCGGCUUCUGGUUCUCGCAAAGACUACGCGGUGGGCCGUAUUCGGACCCACCCGAGCAGCGUCAGCAGUUGAAUCGUUUGACCGAGGGCCCGGAGUCCCCCGGAUACAACAACAAAUCCAUAAAUCUGGUGUUGAAUGUACCGCCGAAGAAUCCGAACGGGAAGAACGCCAAUUCGUCGGCCGAGAACAAGCCGAUGCAAAAGGUGAAGAAGACGUACAUAUGAUACAGAAAAAGACAGGCCGUCUGAGCCUCGAGAAACGGCCAACUCGUCGAUUCCGCAAGCUCGUCCGGUAGUUCGCGCGAUCAGCCGGAUUGUGAAAGUGAAUUUAAAAACGACGUGCAGGCCAAAGACUCGAGCGACCGUCGGGUUCUCAGACCGCGUAGACGAGAUUUAAUUGUCAACAACGACGACGACGACGACGUCGGCGACGACGACGACGACGAGAGCGUCGUACGAGCUUCCGAUCUUUUCGCCAAUCGAAGCAUAUCUUCUUCUUCUUCUUUGAACUUGCGCGGGGCGAACAGCUGCGAUUCAACCGCCAGGUUGUCAUCCGCCAAUCUCGACACGAACAGCGUAGCCAGGUUGUUCGGCAGCACGUCGCGAUACGACGGUGAAAAAGAUGAUCCGGAAUAUCGCGCGGAUAGUACGAUGAUGCCGAUGACCGUGAUGUCCAGAAGUCUGCGGGAAGAGCCUCGUUACGCUCGCGGUGCGAAAUACCUGGAGGAUCGUCGGAGCCGAUCGUACGGUAAAAAUCGCAAGUCCUGCAGGAGUCCGGCGUUAUCGAACUCGCGUGCCGAUCAGUACAUGAUAUCGACAACGUGCGGAGACAACGGUGAUUCGGACGAGGCGGGUGAGUCGAGUCACGGGGGUUCGGGUUCGAUGUUCAAUCCCCAAUUUCUUCCCAAUUUCAACGAUAUGAUGAAAUGCAUAGCGAAAUACAAAUCUAGGGGCGGUGAUAUCGAGAUUAUUGACAAAGCGAACCGUAGAAGGAAUCGAAAAGACUUCGGUGACGGCCUCGAGUUCGGAACGGCGACGAACGAUCUUCUCAGUAAUUAUCCCCAGUUGAGAAUGUGCGUAGAAAAAUGCAGCGAUCAGUCUUCCUCGAGUAGUAUUGAAAGGAACGGUCGGUUAGAAGACGAGAGAGAUGACGCGGUUGAUAUUGAUUCGAAAUUCUUCCAAAAGUUUACUCGGAAAAACGGCAACGGAGGCCCCGAAAACGAUCGAAUAUCCGGAAUAAGAGAAACGAGGAAUUGAAAGAUGAAAAACAAAAUUGACAUUACUCUCGUCGAUCCAAACGCGAUAUUUUUUUAGUUAUUAUCGAUUUCGUGCCGAGGCGAAUGGCAAUUAUGAAAGAAAACGAAAACUCGAUGUAUCUUUCCACGGUCAUCGCAUGAAGUAAAAAUAUCUCGAUUUCUCAUCAUUUCUCGAAUAAAAAAAUUAUACAUAUAGCGAAAGGCGUAUAUAUUAUAGUUUGAAAAAUGUGAUAAAAGAGGCUAAGUUAUAUAAAAACAACGUACUGUGUUCGCGGGUUUUCGGACGUAUUUAUUAAUAAAAAUAUUAAAUUUAAAUUUAACAAAAAAAAAAAAAAAUUAAGGUGAAAUUUAAUAUGUGGGGGAAGAAAGAAGAUCGACAAAAAAUGUUGCAGGACGAUGGUAAAUCUUCAAAUGAUUUCGAAGUAAAAGAUAACACGUGAAGAAAAUAAAUAAAAUAUGUUGAGUAGUACUUAAGCAUUCGCAACAAACGAGGCGUGCCUUCCAUAUAUUAUGUAUAGAUAUAUAAUAUACUAUAUGUAUGUAUCUCUCGGUGUUAAUGGAGAAAGAAAAGAGAAGAGGAAUAGAACGAAAGAAAGAUAGUGCAGAAAACAGGAUAUCAACCUCAACCUUUUAUUUCGCGGGUGUAUGAAAUCACCGAACCACGGGAAGGAAAAAAAGAGAAAGAGAAAAACAAAAAGAAUAGAAAGAAGAAGAAGAAGAAGAAGAAGAAGAAGAAGAAAAUUCGAACUGCAGUUUAUCGUGCCGGAAGAACUCGAUUGUUAUAUGUAUAUACGUAUAUAGCGCCUAUGAUGUAUAGAGUACUAGAAGUGUUGAAAUUAUAUAUAUAAAAAAAAUAUAAAAAACAAUGAAAUUAAUUAUGAACGUGUGAACUACAUAUUUUAAGAAAAGAGGACGAAGAACAAAAAAAAAAGAAGCAGAAGAGCAAAGAAACAAUCGGUAUGAAACCUACCGACGCGCGUAAUUUCGCGGUGAAAUAUAAUAACAAUACUCUGCACAGCUCAUAAUGAAUACGUAUUAAUUAAUUAUACCGAUAUACCAUAGAAAGAAUAAUGAAUGACAAUUAAUAUACUGUACAUAUAUAAAUAUCAUUAUUAUUAUUAUUAUUAUUAUUAAUUAUUACUAUGAUCGAAUUAUUUUGACGAAAAAACCAGAAAGGAAGAGAAGAAAAUACAAAAAAAAAAAAAAAUUUUUAAAUAUUUGAAAUUAAUAAAUAAACUGUACUGCUAACAGUCGCUGUAGUUUUUGCUGCGUUUUGCUGUUACGCGACUAUUAUACUGCCUGAAUAACGAUUAUACAAUAUACAAACACAAUGAUUGUUCAAUGAACUACAACAAUAAUAAUAAUUUAUAAUAUAUAAUUGAGUAAGGAGUAACGAUUAGUAUGAACUCAAUAUUGAAGUGAUCAUUAUUCAUCGUUUCGCAUGCGCUAAUACUUACACGAAAAAAAAAGGAGGAAAGAAGAGAAAUGAAAUUUAAAAAAAUUCUCAUUAUUAUCCCUCAUUGAAUAACAUUACGCAUUAAAACGUUAUCCGAGAGCCGUCGGAUACGAGAAGAGAAAAAAAUUAUCAUUACAUUAACAUCAUUUGAUCGUAAUUAUUUAUUCAAUUUUUUACUACCAUCGUUAUUCUUAUUUUCGGUAUCGUCUACAGGUAUAAUUUGAAUCGAAGAAAAUGGAAAAAAAACAAAAAAAAAACAAACAAGAAACAGAAAGAUUGAAUGAGAAUAAUAAAGUUAUUAUACUAUAAUGUAAACCAUACUUUGUACUUUAUAUACGCUUAUAUAUUAUUAUAUACUGUAAUGAUAAAGUACAAAGUGGAACGCGGCAGCUAUGACAUAUAACUUGGAUGAUAAUUAUAUAACACUGUAUCGCAUCUCAGAUGCAAUUAUAAUUGAAAUUAUUAUUAUUAUUAUUAUUAUUAUUAUUAUUAUUAUUAUUAUUAUUAUUAUUAUUAUUAUUAUUAUUAUUAUUAUUAUUAUUAUUAUUAUUAUUAUUAUUAUUAUUAUUAUUAUUGUUAUUAUUAUUAUUAUUAUUAUUAUCAUUAUUAUUAUGACGAUCAUGUUGAAUAGCAUACAUCUGUGAAUAUAUUACGUUUAAUUGUACGAUAUUUUAUAACGAGCGCAUCAGAGAUAGAUAGAAUACGUUGAAAAAGGUUUUAUAUUUUUCGUUUUCAUUAUAUUGGCACGUGUCAAAGGACACGAAAAAAAAACACGGUUUUGAAAAUCAUCGAACGAACAUCACGAAUUACUUUAUUGUGUUAAGAGUGGAAAGAAAAAAAAAAAGAGAAAGAAAUUAUUAAUUUCUAUGAAAAUUUUUUAUAAUUUCGAAAUGAAAGGACGUAUUAUGAAUUUUACAAUAUUAUAUGUACAUACAUCGUGUAGAAUUCGAAUGAAUGAAAUCAAUCGAUGCCUAUGUAGUUUUCGUUAUAACGCUGUAAAAAGUGAUGAGAUUUUUACAUUCCAUUAAUACCAAAUUUUUUCGUCAUACUAUCGACAAGUUUGUAUAAUUACGUGUACGGAAGCCAGGACUGCCAACUACGAAUGUGUAUCAGAAUUUGGAUCGAAAUGAUUUGAAAAGAUUAAGGAAGGAAUGCAUUCAACCCCGCGUGGAAAUCUGCGGUUGUUGUCGAAGUUUUUUUUAUCUUUCGGUAUUUGUUGCAAAUGGAAAUUCAUGGGAAUAAAAAAACGGAUUAAUCCAACAAAAAGAGGAAUUGAAAUCGCAUACCCAAACGAUCUCUAAUUUGCUAAUGAAAAUUUGUUCAACAUUUCAUAAAUUCGAGAACAAAUUUUGUAAUUUUUUUUUUUUUUUUCCGCAAUUAGCUGAUGGGUAUUAAGAACUUUUCGAUGUUGAAACACUUGUAGAGCGUUGAAUACAAAUAUAUGUAUAUGAAAAUUCAUGAAAAUAACAAUUAUUUGAUGAAGAAUAAUAAUAAAAGAAUAAAAAAAUUAUAACGCUUGGCAUUCAUGUAACAUUACAUCGCUUGAAUGAUAGUAUAUAUAACGUAUAUUGUAGAAUGAAAUGAAAAAGAUAAAUAAAUAAAUAUUUUUUCGUCGAUUUUUCAAAACUUGUUAUCGUAAUGAAAUUCUUAUAAAUAUAAUACUGGUAGAAAAAAUAUUAAAAAAAAAAAAAUAUAUAUAUACAUAUAUAUAUAUUAUAUAAGUGAUAGUACAUGAGAAUAAGAUUUCUUGGAGAAUAAGAAAAAAAAAAAUGAAAGAAAAGUUAGACAAAAAGUACGAAUUGAAGUAUAACAAUUAUAUAUACGAUAUCAAUGAUUGUAAUAAUGGUGAAAAUAAUUUUAAUAUCGAUAUUAAUGAUAAUAACAUUGCAUAGAGCUUUAAAAAUUAUAAUCAUAACGAAGUAUAUUUAAAAAUAGUAGAAUUAUUAUUGCCGUGCAUUAUUUCGGUGCGCUUAUAUUAUACAGUAGUUGAAUUUAGAGGUAAAAUUAUUAUUAUUGUUAUUACGUAGUACAAAUUGACGUUUUUCGAUUACGAUGAUGGCGAAAGAAUUAUUUAUGAACAUGAAUAUAUGUAUAUUUAACGAUCAAUGAUACGUUUGUAGUGGCCUUUGAAUCAAUUUGAAUACUCAUACACAUGCACACGCAUUUAAAUUGAUAAAAUUGAUUAAUUGAUCAUAUGCACGUUUCAUUUUACUACAUACCUAUAUUGGAAUCUUUUAUGAAGUGGCUUAAGAACGACAAAUUAUUAUCUCAUAGAAACAAAUAUUUUAAACAUUGAAUAUAUAUAAUAUAGAUAAUUAUACAUCAAAUAUCACAUCGUGGAAAAAAAAAAAAAAGUUGUCAUACCCUGUUGUAAUACGAACAAAACGCUUUAGCAAGUGUGCACAAAUUUGUAUUCGUUUGACAUUCGGCGCAACGAAUAAAAAUAAAAGAUUUAAUAAUUUUUCAAAAAAAACAAAAGGAUCCGACGAUGUAACGAAUAGGUACGACUCUGUAUAACGAUGUAGAUAAUAAUGGUUGGCAGUCCAGGCGCGAAAAAUACAGUGUGCCAACAUGCAAUAUGUGUUUGUUCAUUUUCGAUUUUCUCUAUCUACUUUGUUCCACUUUAAUUUGAUUCUUAUUUUUCAAUUUAAUUUUCCACAUACAUUCUUUGUAAAUAGAGUUGAUCAAUUGAUCAUUGCAUACACAACAUUACUCGAUUAAUUGCAAAUGAAUUCGAACAAAAACUAUAAAUAUAUAUCGAUAUAGAACAACAUGUUUAGAUAGAUAGAUAGACAGAUAGAUAGAUAGAUAGGUAGGUAGGCUAGAAGCUAGCGAAGUAAGUUGAAAAAAUAUUUAAAAAAAAAGUAAAAAAAAAAAUAAAAUAAUAAAAAAAAAAACAGACCCACCACCAUCAUACUCCGAUGUUAAUUCAUUUCGUAUGUACAGUCAAUUAUAUUAUUUCGGGGUAGGUACGUAGCUUUAAUCGACCACGAAAUACAUUCGAGCCAUGAAAUUUUCAAUUCUUCAUUGACACGAAAUUAGG